AUGUCCGCCCAGCGCAACAUAUCCUGGGCCGAGGCUCAGCGACGCGCCCAGUCGCGAAUAGCAGACCUUGCAGUUCAACGAGCACAAGAAGCUAAAUCGUCGUCCUCGAUAUCACGGUUCCUCGGGAUAUCAUCACUUAGCGAUCUGACAGCGAAGGGCUCAAACUUUCGGGUUGGACAGCUUGAUACCGAAUUAUUGGAUGCUGAGUUGUUGGACUUAUUGAAGGGGCAGUUGUGGAAUGCUAUCAAGUACUUUAAUCCGGCAGUGAAAGAACAUUACGAAAUUGAAUUCGUUGCGCUUCUACGACUAAUACUUUUUAAAUUCACAAUAUGGGACAACAAUGCCACCUACGGAGCUGCCCUGCAAAACCUAGCUUUUGCAGACGCUCGGCGAAAUGGUGCCAUCGAUACACCCCCCUCAGCCACCCAGAAGACCCUAUACGGCCUCGUAACCGUCCUCGGCCGCUACGUCUACGAUAAAGUCGACUCCCACCUGAUCCACACCUCCUCCAUGGGCCUAGACUUCGACGAAUCACCUUUCUACCGAAACCUUUCCAAGGCUAUGAGCAACCUUACAACCGUUCACUCCGUCGCUUCCUUCGUUAGUUUACUCACAUUCCUGUCAAACGGAAGAUACAGAACUCUCCUCGAUAGAGUGUUAUGUAUGAAACUGGUCACCCCUACACGGCACGUCAGACGAGAAGUUAGCUUUGAAUACCUCAAUCGACAACUCGUUUGGCAUGCGUUUACGGAGUUUUUGCUGUUUAUUCUACCGAUCGUGGGGAUUUCAAGAUGGAGACGGUGGUUAGGGAAGUUAUGGAGGAAAGCCGUGGUUUUGAUCAGGAAGAGUAGAGGUAGUGAUGAGGAUGAAGUUACACCGAGCUCGAAUAGUGGUGUACUGGGCUUCUUACCUGAACGAACGUGUGCAAUUUGCUACUCCGAGUCGAGUCCCGAGGACGUCCUAAACAACCCUGGUGGGGGAGGCGGCGCAGCCGGGUCCAACGAUGUUACGAACCCAUAUGAGGCCGUAGAAUGCGGGCAUGUAUAUUGCUACGUAUGCAUUGCCUCAAAGAUCGAGUUAGAAGAGGGAGAAGGAUGGGCAUGUUUAAGAUGCAACUCCCUCGUAAAAAGGUGUAGACCAUGGAGGGCAGGUGUAGUAGGUCUAACGCUAUUUGAAGGCGAAAAGGGGGCAAGAGAUGGGAAUGAGGACGAGGAAGGGGAUCUGGCGGUGUUGAGUCCUAGAGAAGAACACGGGCUGGAUGACAUCAUUGAAGACGAUUAUGAUGAGGAUGAUGAUCCAAUCAAUGAGGAGCCUGCUGAAGUCGUUUAUGCAGGUGGUGGAGUGGGGGAGGAGAGUGGGGAUGAGAGUGAUGGAACCAGGACGGAGAGGGGAGGACAUGAUGCGGGGUAUUACAUGAAGGGGGUGGUGGAGGAUGAUAGCAAUUAUGCGACCGCGGAUGACGGAGAGUUGGAUGAGUUGGAGGUUAGACCUUGGGAGAGGUAG